AUGUACGCCCUCACCCCAACCCUCCGCCGCUCCGCCGCAGCCCUCACCCACUCCAAAAACCACGGCAUGACGCCCGGCCCGCUCGCUCUCCUACCGCCCAUUUAUCUUUAUCGACGACUCCUUCGCGCGCACAGAAAAUACUUGCCGCGCGAGAUGAGGCUGUUGGGGGAUGAGUAUGUCAAGGCCGAGUUUCGGGCGCAUCGGAGUGUGGAUAAUCCGGCGCAUUUGAUCGGCUUUUUAACAGAGUGGCAACUCUACGCCCAAAAAAUCGAAGGAAACUCGUGGGUAGGCGAGAAGUUGGAUAAGGGCAAGGUUGAAAAGAUGAGCGACGAGCAAAUCGGUCAACUAUACGAGCUCAUGCAAGCCAUCCAAAAGCGCGGAACCGAAGGAGAUCUUGAGGACGGUGACGGUGGAGAGUCUGGACAAAAGUCGCAAUGAUCGCUGUAAUUAAAGGUUUAUGUUUCGAUAAGUGUACGGCUUGCUUCUGUUCUUUGUGUUCAAGUAACUGUACAACUAAGCUAUCUAAAUCAAACGCUU